UAUCUUACCAAAUUUAACAUAUGUACCAUGGCAUUUUACAUGGUAACCCAAGACAAAAAGCCAUGGCACAUGUACUGCCAGUCUUUUGAUCGGAUAAUGUGUUUACCUGACUUGGAAACAAGUAUUAUUUUAGCAGUUCCGUGACUAGCGCAUCAAUUACAAGGCUUUCUCUUAGAAUGGCACACAAAUUGGCCAUUCAGUGAAUUCAAGAACUGUGUUAACCUUUUUCACUACGUACUGUAAAAACUGUCAUCAGAAUAUGAAUAAAAUAAUGGAUACGCUGAUGCACAUAAUGAAGCACGUGAAUAGCACUGAAUGGAACCUUGUGGUAACACUGUCUUGAGACUCACACUAUAAUUAUCCUGUGUGAUCUGCAAUGAAUUACAUUUCCUGAGUAAUUACACAAUGGAAGCACUUAAAUAGAGCACAAGCACACAUCAUCACACUACGCUGGUAAUCUGACUUUUAUAAAAGCAAAAAUAUUUCUUUUCUUCUAGUUGGACCCUUGAGACAUCAAUUGGAAAGUUACAAAAGUAGCGAACUAAGAGGAGUGUGAACCAAACUCCAUCUGACCACUUCCAUACAGAUGACCAGUGAUGGCCACAGCAUCAGACUCAGCGGACGAUGCAGUGGAUCCAGUCAUGUCUAAACACACUUUAAGGAUAAUGCUGUCUAUUGUCCUGGUAACCAUCAUCAUAUUGACUGUGCUUGGCAAUUUGCUUGUGAUUGUGGCUCUCUGUAAAGACAGACAGUUAAGGAAGAAGAAGACCAACUUCUUCGUUGUAUCCCUGGCCUUUGUAGACCUUCUAGUUGCCCUUGUUGUGAUGCCCCUGGCAGCCAUAGAGUUGACCACGGGUCAGUGGAGUUACGGAGACACGUUCUGCUUGGUCCGUACCUCACUGGACGUGCAGCUGACCACUGUAUCUAUUCUGCAUCUGUGCUGCAUUGCACUAGACAGGUAUUAUGCGAUUUGCUGUCAGCCUCUGGUCUACAAUAACAAGAUGACACCUAUAAGAGUCUCACUGAUGCUGGUUGGAUGCUGGGUCAUCUCCUUUUUCAUCUCUUUCCUUCCCAUCAUGCAAAGCUGGAAUACUAUUGGAAUCGAGAGCUUUAUCGAACAAAGAAAAUUAAACUCUUCCCGCAAUUCAACUUGUGUGUUCAUGGUGAACCGACCCUAUGCCCUGGUGUGUUCAGCCGUGGCCUUCUAUGUGCCUCUGAUGCUGAUGGGUCUCGCCUAUCAGCGAAUCUACAUCACCGCUAUCGGUCAUGCCCGGCGAAUCGGAUCUCUGCAUCGGGCCGGCUCGGCCCCUUCGUCGACUUACCAUAACCACGAACAAUCAGGCUCCAGUCGCAUUAAGAAUGAAACCAAGGCGGCCAAGACGCUCGCUGUCAUUAUGGGCUGCUUCUGCCUGUGCUGGGCGCCCUUCUUCAUUACCAACGUGGUGGAUCCCUUCAUAAAUUACAGCGUGCCCUGGCAGAUGUGGACCGCUUGGCUCUGGUUGGGUUACAUCAACUCGGGCUUGAAUCCGUUCCUGUAUGCUUUUCUGAACCGGGCUUUUCGGAGAGCCUUCAUUAGGAUCCUGUGCUGUGGGGAUAAGCGCUAUGCCCGGCAGGGGGGCUUUAGUCCCAGCAGACAACACUCAGAGUCUGUCAAAGGAACCUCCAUUUCUCUCAGAUUGUCAUUUCUUCAAAGCCGAAGAUACAGCAACAAUUCCAACCGAUUUUUGUCGAGUGAGCUGGAAUCACAGGAGUCUGUUGGUGCAUCAUAGCCAAGAGUUCAAAAACCUGCAAAUGAAAACAUACAACCGCUUACAUAGAAAAUAUGUGUCAAAUCAAGAGACUUCAUUGCAGUUAGCUUUUUGAUGGGUUUUUGCUUUCAGUGAUAUAUGACAAAUCAAAUAAUGUUCAUAGGCCUGUUUGGCAGAACUUCUACAGUGUGAUGUUAGCAUGCAGACAUUUUAUCUGACGAAAGCAAGAAGAUAAUAUGCCCAGGAAUUUAAAGUUUGAAACAAAAAACUAAAGAUAAAGAAAACUGCACUAUACAGAGAUCUGCAUCCCCUUGAAUAUUUUUCAAGUUAUAUGGGGUUGUCGGCUUACUGCUCGUUUAUGUAGUUCUAACCUUUCAAAUUAGAAGCAUAUACGUCUGCUUUGUCUUUAAAGGCUCUCUCUCUAAAAAUAUAUAUAUAUUGCUCAGCAGACAGGUAAAAGCGGCCUGUCAUUAAGCAUGUGGUUAUUCUUGCAUACAGUGAACCUCAAACGCUCAUCAUAACGCUCACUCAAUCUGUAAUUUAUUAAGGUAUUUAUAUUGUACAUGUAGUUUUGACUUCUGUGGAAAGAAGCAGUGGCUUGUCACUGUGUGACAUUUGUACUUUUAUUGUAUCAUUGUGUAAUCGAAUUGAAUUUAAUGUACAGUGUAUCUGGAAGAUGAAUAUAAAAACAAAGUUAACUACAUAAAAACUCUGUUGUUAAUCGUACUGCAUCGGUUUAGCACUUCUCAUCCAUUACAUAAAAGCAUCUGUUUGAUUGAUUUGCCAUUGUUCUUUCCAUUGUGCUCCAGACGGCUUGAUGGAGGGUCCUCGUAGACGGCU